UUUUCUAAAAUUUAAGAUGGAAAACAAUACAAUAACUGUGUAACAUAACCUCAAUAACGUGGUGAUACUUCAUGAUAUUUUGUAACUGACAAAAGAUGAAUACUUUGACUCCAACAGUGGAACGGCUUGUUUUUGACUCUAAAAUAGCAUGGAAAGCGUUGAAUGGAGUAUUUGCUGUAUACAAACCACCAAUGGUUACUUAUCUCAAUGCGCGAGACACCAUAAUCUAUCGUCUCUGCGAAGACUUGAAUAGUAUGCGCGUACGUCAACCGAUCAAACAUGUAACCAUAAAGGGUGAUACCAGUAAGAAAUUAACAGUACAGAUACAUCCAAGUUAUGCAGAUCACCCACUGGUCGUGGGACCACGAUAUCAGCCUAAAGAUUUCAAAUUGAUGUGUGCUAAUUAUCUGUCCAAAGACAUGUCCGGUCUCAUGGUCUGUGGUAUUAAUGAUGGUACUAUGUGGGCUCACAAAUUGAAAAAUUCUAAAUCUCCAACUAGUUACAGAGUUAAAGGUCUCUUAGGACAAGCAACAGACACGUAUUUCAUAACAGGAAGAAUCGUCGAGAAAUCUACAUAUAAAUUUAUUAAGCGCAAUAUAAUUGACAAAAUAUGUGCUUCUAUGCAAGCUGCUCAUCAAAAAAAGAUGUUUGAAUUAUGCGGAAUAGAUAUACAGAGUCAAACUGCAUAUGAAUUAGCUGUACAAGGUUUAAUAAGGCCUUCCGAUAAUAAUAUUCCGAUGAUAUACAAUAUAAAAUGUAUAGACUUUACAUCACCCGAAUUCACAUUAGAAAUUGUAUGUAUAAACGAGAACGAUAUGUAUCUGAAAACUUUAGUACACGACUUGGGAAUGCAACUUCACAGUGUUGCUACAUGUACUCAAAUACAGUGUUUUCGAUACGCAUUAUUCAAUCUGAAUCAUGCCCUGUUGAAAAAACAUUGGGCGUUGCAAAAUUUCUGUAAUAAUAUUGAGCAAUGUAGUGCUAUAAUUAAGGAAAAUAGUUAUUUAUUAGAACAAGAAAAUCCGAUAUUAACAGAGAAAGAUAAGAUGAAAUCUCCUUUAAACUAAAUGUAUAUAAUAAAAUUAGGUCAUAUAAAUUGUUAACAAAAUGAAGACUGCUAAAGCAAUAUGUAAAA